UGCAAGAGAAAAAGCCAAAGUGCCCGAAGACCAUCUCGCGCUUCAACAGCUAUGAAGAAGAAACACAUGGAAAACCUAUUCUGGAAGUCAAAAUUUCCAACGAAAGAGGACGAGAUCUUCAAUUAAACAGCUGAAAUAAAGACAAGGGCGCGUGACAAUUUGGAAACAUUGUGGGAAAAUUAGACUGCUUUUCUGCUUUGUACUCAAUCGCUUGCCUUUAUCAUGGAUAAUUUUAACUAAGUAGUGUGAAGAAACAAGGACACAGCAGAGCAGGUUUUCUUUUGUUUAGUCUGUGGGGGUUUUAGAUGCGUAAUAUUGGGAUUUUCAGUCAUGUCAUGACGCACUGGGUUUACGCGCAAAAGUGCCACUCGCGGCGGUAAAGGUGGACAGAUCCGACAUCCUCCGUUUGGUUUUCUUAUUCAUCUUUAUAAAUGAAUAAACUUUGUGACAUUUGGAUGAUAGAGCAGAAAACGCUCACUUUGUUAUUCAUCAAAACUAUACUGAACGCAUCACGGAGUGGCCAAAGAGACAUUUAACACCAGGAACCUUUUCCAGGCACUUCAAGGAUUUAUUGCGUUUGCGUUUAAUUGGUCAAAUGUGGACCGAACCUAUAGCGCAAUAAGAGUGGAUAUUACAGCUCGACCAAUCAUUUAACACUUUUUAAGUAGCCUAAACGCGGAUACUUCUCGCAUUCAUCUCCAGUCGAGCGCGCGCAUUCACGGAAAAUGAAAAGGUUGUCGUUUCAAGUGCUUUAUUUCGUGUGCUUCAUCCUCGUGAUCCGUGGCACACCGGCACCGGACACCGAAACCCAGAGCAUCAGUCCGAGCUGCGCGUCAUGCGGGCUCAGUCAGACGGAUGCAUCCCCACGCGUGGACGGGGAUUUCUUGGAGGCGGUAAAAAGACACAUUUUGAGCCGGUUACAGAUGAGGGACCGACCCAACAUCACACACCCCAUUCCGAAGGCGGCGAUGGUGACCGCCCUGAAAAAGCUUCACGCCGGGAAAGUGCACGAGGACGGGAGAGUGGAGAUCCCGAACCUGGACGGACACGGAGCGUCCUCGAACGAAGUGGAGGAGGAAACGUCAGAGAUCAUCAGUUUCGCAGAGACAGAUGAGUUGCUGACCUCCAAAACCAGUCUGUUUUUCAUCAUCUCCAACGAGGGAAACCAGAACCUGUACGUGACCCAGGCGAACUUGUGGCUGUACUUCCGGCUGCUUCCCAACGUGCUGGAGAAGGGCUCUCGGAGGAAGGUGACGGUGAAGGUGUAUUCUCAGGAGCCGGGCCUCGGGAGCAAGUGGAACCUGGUGGAGAAACGCGUGGACCUCAAACGCAGCGGCUGGCACACCUUUCCUUUAACGGAAGCCGUGCAGAUGGUUUUCACCAAGGGCGAUCGACGACAGAACCUGGACGUGAGGUGCGACGGCUGCGAGAGCUUGGGCGUUCAGCCCGUGUUGGUGAACUCGGCGGACGAGUCCCAUCGUCCGUUCCUGGUCGUUCAGGCGCGAGCGGCGGAUAACAAACAUCGCAUUCGUAAACGAGGCCUGGAAUGCGACGGCAAUAACAGUCUGUGUUGCCGCCAGCAGUUCUACAUCGAUUUCCGGCUCAUCGGGUGGAACGACUGGAUCAUCGCCCCGUCGGGGUACUUUGGGAACUAUUGCGAAGGGAGCUGUCCCGCGUACAUGGCCGGUGUGCCGGGCUCCGCCUCGUCUUUCCACACGGCCGUGGUGAACCAGUACCGAAUGCGGGGCAUGAGCCCGGGGUCCAUGAACUCUUGUUGCAUCCCGACCAAACUGAGCACCAUGUCCAUGCUGUACUUUGAUGACGAAUACAAUAUUGUGAAACGAGAUGUACCCAAUAUGAUUGUAGAGGAGUGUGGAUGUGCUUGAGUAUGAGGCCUUCCUUUUUAUAAACAUGGACCUGAAUUUCCCAAAAAUACUCAAAUAUUACGGUAAAAGUCAUAUUUAUAAACAAACUCGUCUGUUCGUGCGCACCCCAACUCCUUCACGCGUGCACAACUCUUUGUACAUAUAUUUAUGUUCUUUAAUAUCAUCCGAUAGAGGCGUUUAUCCGUUUGCCGUGGCGUGAUCUAGUAUGUUUUUAUAAAUACGGAGAUGUUAUGGCUGAAUCGCACAGAAUGAGUCUUUGUCUUCUACUCCGCUGCCUUUGAAUUGUUUUCCUAUGUAAAUGUGAGUGAGGGUUUUACACAUGAAUCAAGUUAAAUUCAGAGCAACGUGAGGAGCGUGAAGAGAGCAGUUACAGUAACAACUGCUUUUUAAAAGAGCUCCAUUCCUGUGUCUCGCAUGCUUUAAAUGCAAGAACGCAUUCUGUGUGAAUGACCCAUAAGCUCCAUAUCAAAAGGACGAGAAAGACUUUACCAUGUUUUAGCUCUUCUGUCUGAAACGGUAGACGGACGAGAGAUGAACUUGGACUCUUUCUAUAUAAUCUGAAUUAAAUCAAAAAGCACUGACCAUCUCAUCAAAGCAACGCCAGCACUUCCAACAACACACACAUACAAAAUGAGUUCACCUAAAGACAUACUUUAUUUUAUAUUCAAUCUACAGAUCAUCAUUCUGGUUCCUGUGACCUUCAUAAACGUAACUUCAUGUACUUGCCAUACAGCGUUCAGUCAUGUCAUGGUGCAGCAUAGCACUUGCAAAAAAAUAAAGAAAUAGUAAAUGCACAUUUUAUAGCACUUGCAGACUAAAAUGCCUUUGAAGGCACCUGUCGUCUCGCUCACUAUUCUUAAAUCAGUGCCACACAAGCUCUAUGCAAUGUACAGUAGUGACAUAAACCUGAUGACAACAUACUAAACUCUUUCAAUACUUGAAAUGUAAACUUUCGCUUUCUUCUCCGAGCGGAUUGUUCUUACGAUGUUUGCACUGAAGUUGCAUUAUUAAUAAAGAAGAAAAGCUGCCAUUGGACAAAAAUAAAAAGUUAUUUUUAUAAAAGCAAGUGUAUUAUACCGAAUCAUGGAACCAAAGAGGCCAAGAUUUUAGCUGUUGUGAGAUGGCCAGGCCAUCAGAUUCUUUUGUAAAAUAUUUUUUAAAUACGUGAGAGGCCUAAACUACGUAUCAGGGUACGGUGGAGUCCUUUUCCAACUGCAACAAAUGGAACAUUUCAUAUUUUUCCAUUGACUUAAUUUUUUUGUCUCCUGUUUUCUAUUUAAUAUUUCUAGCGUCUAUUCCAGACUCAUUUAGAAACAAAUACAUGCCAUCUCUGUACAGCUUAUGUAAGAUAAAGAAUGCUUUUAAAUAUUUUCUUCUUUGUAACUGUUAUGAAAUAAAUUUCUUAUUCUGCA